CUCCACUUCCUUAUUCGACAGUCCUUAAGCCUCUGCCUCCUUCAUCCUUACUUCUUCUUUACAUUUCCUUUGGUUUCCCCUUAUUUUCUUAACACUUCUGAAUCCCAUGACCGCCCUCGACUCUGGCGCCGGCGCUCACGUACUGGUGUUUCCAUUCCCUUCACAAGGCCACAUGAUACCUCUCCUGGACCUCACCCAUCAACUCGCCACCCGCGGGUUAUCCAUCACCGUCCUCGUCACCCCACAAAACCUCUCUCUCCUUAACCCUCUUCUCUCUAAACACCAAUCCAUCAGAACCCUAGUCUUGCCUUUUCCGCCGCACCCUUCGAUUCCCGCCGGCGUGGAGAACUCCAAAGACCUGUCGGGCAAGUACUUCGGUGCUAUGCUAAUCACCCUAGGCGAACUCUACAAUCCUAUCGUCGAUUGGUUCAGAACCCACCCUUCUCCUCCGGUGGCCAUUAUCUCCGAUAUGUUCCUUGGAUGGACCCAGCAGCUUGCAUGCGAGCUCGGCAUUCACCGCGUCGUGUUCUCUCCCUCUGGCGCUAUGUCGCUGUCCGCUAUGUAUAGCUUGUGGAGGGACCUACCAAAAAUUGAAGACCCCACCAAUCUAAAGGCUACCAUUUGCUUUUCAAAAAUGCCAAAUUCGCCGGUUUUGGCCUGGUGGCAAGUCUCUGGUUUAUAUCGUAGAUAUAUUGAAAGAGCGCCAUUUUCAGAAUUCACCAAAGAUAUAUUUCGGGGCAAUAUAGCGAGUUGGGGGCUGGUGAUUAACUCGUUCACUGAGUUGGAACGAGAGUAUUUGGAUUAUCUGGCGAAUGAGUUGGGCCACGAUAGAGUUUGGGAUGUUGGGCCGUUACAUUUUCUUGAUGGAGAAAAAUCUGGGCUAAUGGAUAGGGGCGGGCCCAGUUCGGUUUCGGCUGACGACAUACUGACGUGGCUGGACACGUGCGGAGAUAACACGGUGGUCUACGCGUGCUUCGGAAGCCAAGCGGUGUUGAAUAACAGGCAAAUGGAGGGCCUGGCACUAGGCUUGGAGAAGAGCGGGGCCAGGAUAAAACUUUCCUUCCAACCGUCUUUCACCCUUCACAGUCGUUCUUGCUUUUCAUCACCUCUUUACUUUGACAAUUGUUUUUCCAAAAAUUCAAAUUAG